CCACCUCCGGCGACCACAGGACCCCCGAGAAGGAGGAGCGAGAGCCCGGCGGAGCGGCCGAGGGGGAGAUGGUGAGCGCCUCGUCGUCGUCGUCGGUGGUGAACGUGUACCCGCUCGCCAACUACACGUUCGGCACCAAGGAGCCCAAGAUGGAGAAGGACACCUCCGUCGCCGACCGCCUCGCCCGCAUGAAGGUCAACUACAUGAAAGAAGGAAUGAGGACAAGCGUUGAAGCAAUCCUGUUGGUGCAAGAGCACAAUCACCCCCACAUUCUGCUGUUGCAAAUUGGGAAUACAUUUUGCAAACUUCCUGGUGGACGGUUGAAGCCUGGAGAAAAUGAAAUCGAGGGCCUGAAAAGAAAGCUGUCCAGCAAACUUGCAGUGAAUUCUCCUACUUUUCCACCUAACUGGCAGGUUGGUGAGUGUGUUGCUGUCUGGUGGAGGCCAAACUUUGAGACUGUGAUGUACCCUUACUGCCCUCCGCAUAUAGCCAAGCCCAAGGAGUGCAAGAAGCUUUUCAUUGUUCACCUGACUGAAAAGGAGUAUUUCGCUGUUCCAAGGAACCUGAAGCUACUUGCUGUUCCACUGUUUGAGCUCUAUGACAAUGUUCAGCGGUACGGGCCUGUCAUUUCCACCAUCCCACAGCAGCUGUCCAAGUUUCAGUUCAACAUGGUGAGCUCGUAAGGGUUAUGGGACGACAACACAUCAAGAUGGACCUUUGACACCAAACUGGCUAAUCAACUUAGCAUGACUUGUUUAUUCAGUGACCAUGUUUUCAUGAAUUAUGGAGCACCGGUAGUCUACAAACUAGGCAUGCACUCGGACUGUCUUUUAUUUGGCGAUAUCUGUUAUUGUUAGAUAAUUUCUCAUUGUUCUGCUGCGCUGAUUUGUUCCUGUAUUUAUCAAUGUGUGUUCCUACUAUUUGCAUGGUCUGCUUUAGCAACUCUUUAGGCCCGCCUUUUCUUUUUAGAAAAUUCGCAGCCAACCGUCAAUUUAGAACUUGGUUGUCUUCAUGUCUUGACAGAGCUGGGCAGUUCUGCAACAGACUCUUUCAAUGUUAAUUGUAUCCAGUGGUGAAUCUUGUGUUUAGAGAAGUUACAUGUGUUGACA